CGUAGUUUGUUUUCUCGCCUGCGGCUGAAGUUUGGACCGUGAGCCGCUGCUGAAGGCAAUGUGGAUAUUGUAUUCAGGAUUUCAUUUUAUAGUGUGUGAACGGUAAUCCAAACCUGCGGGAAAAGUAGAUACAGUUUGGUAUUUUUUCUCUUUUGCUUUUCGUCUUAUCCCGGCUCUAUGAGGGGUGUCCCUCGGAACGGUUUACAUGCGGACUGUCAGAAAUACUACAGCCUCACGUGUUUGAAUUUAGCUUACAUUUGAUAUAUCUUUUUCUAUAUUAACUCGCAUUUUCGCUCUCGGAGCCACAGCCUGUGCACACUUUGUCAAAGUCGACUUCAUUCAAGACUUGUUGACUUGCGUUUCGGUGGCAGGCGUCUACUUACAGUACGUUUGUAUUUUAUUCUGGGUUUGAAAAGCGGAUUAAGAUAUCGCAGUCAUAAACUCAUUGGAGAGGAGGUGAAGGAUUGCUCGGCAUGAUAUACGUGCAGGUCAUCAGAGGGUAACACUGUGGAGAUCUCGUCACUUUUUAAAAAGCUGAUCGUUCUUCCUGAAAAUUAAACCUAAAUGGAUCUUCUCUGGGUCUUCCUGCUGCUGGAGGUGUUUCUGACGUCCGCUGCUGCCAGGGGUCCUCCCAGGGUGUCGGAGCGGGUGGCCCACCGGCAGAGCGUCCGUCUGGGUCGCACCAUGAAGCUGCCCUGCCCCGUGGAGGGAGACCCCCCGCCGCUCAUCAUGUGGACCAAAGAUGGCCGCAACAUCCACAGCGGCUGGACGCGCUUCAGGGUGCUGCAGCACGGUCUGCGGAUCAAAGAGGUGGAGCCUGAAGACGCAGGGACCUACAUCUGCAAGGCCACCAACGGGUUCGGCAGCGUGAACAUCAACUACACCCUCAUCGUUAUAGGUAAGUGAAAAACAAUGUGACUG